AUGGCGAGAUGGAGUGAAAGUCAAAUAGCUAUAACAAUGAAAUUAGGUGCAAAUCUAAUUUUAAUUGCUGUUCAUAAGAUUUUCGCUGCAUUAAGAAAUGAAUUCAAAAGGAAAUUUCUACAUGUGGUGCAUUUGGUAUUUCAGUUGAGAAUUUUAUUUUUCUUUCUCUUUUUUGGUUUUGUCUUUGCACCCGAAAGUGAAAAUAUUCCUGUGGAUCUAAGAAAAUAUUUGAAAAGCCACACAUUAUAA